AACGCAAGGUCACCCUCCAUGCUUGGUGGUCACGUUCAAUAUGCUAAAGGCUACACGGAAGAGACAAUUGGCAACGUGACGGGAUCAAAGGAGUGGCAGGAGAACGGGAAGAAGGAUACACAGGAGGGAAUCAACGAGAUGAAAGCAGCGAACGCAGCGAAGGCCUCGGAACCUGCAGCAAGCGGUAUUGGCGGACGAGUUGAGGAGCUGGCUGGAAAAGCGGCGGGUUGUGAGGGUAUGGAGAAGGAAGGAUUGGAAAGACAGGAGAAGGCAAAUUGAUAUAGGAUGUAAAGCUAGGGAUUACAAGUCCACUCUAUACACUUGCGUGUGUUCUUUAUAUCAAUUGUUAACCUGGCCGGGAAAUUUG